AUGUUGGUGAAUGCCUCGUCAGUGCCCAUCUUCUAUGGGGUGACUCACAGACUUCGAGAUUCUAUUUCGAAGAAGGUUGGUAAUGCUCCUCAGGAGAUCGACGUUGUACCGUGGAUGGCUCGAACGGCGCUUGAGUUGAUAGGUCAGAGUGGAUUUGGCCACUCCUUCGACACUCUCGCGGAAGACGUGGCCCAUGGUUCAUACGGCGCGGCAAUAAACGCGAACGCUGUAACCCCCAAAAUGCGCCGCUUCAUCGUCGAUCUCCUUCCGUGGAAGAGCUUGCAUGACGUGCGCGAUAUUGUUGAUACCAUUUACAACGCCUCCUUGAAUAUUUUCGAGUCAGACAAAAGGGCGUUGUUGGAUGGGGAUGAAGCUGACCUUCCUCAACGCCAGACGUAA